GUGGCUUGAAAUUCUGCCACCCAACCCCUGGAGCUCACUUUGCCGCGGGGAGGCACUGACCAGAGAAGCUGCCUUGCAUCAGGUCCCGGCCCUCUCUCUACUCCCUUUCUUACGUCAAGAGGGGAAAAACACGGAACUACCUCUACCCGAUCUGGUCACCAUACGCCUAUUACCUCUACUGCUACAAGUACCGGAUCACCCUCCGGGAGAAGAUGCUGCCUUGCUGCUAUAAAAGCAUCACUUACAAGGAACAGGAGGACCUGACACUCCGGCCUCAGUGCUGUCUCCCUACUUGCUGCCUCCCGUGCUGCUGAGACUCCAGGGGGCCCCAAGGUGGGCAGCAGCACCAGACAGGGAGAAGACCAUGAGCAGCUGAAAGAACUAUACUGGGCUGGGAACCUGACAGUGCUGAGCAGUGACCCCCUGCUUCCCCAGGAGCCCGUGCAGUUAGACUUUCACUUCCGCCUCACUCCCCAUUCCUCUAUCAAGUGGCACGGCCGUCUUUGUAACCAACAGCUCUUCCUGGAUAUCCCAGACCAAACCUUGGAUCAAAUCGACCGGGAAAGUUUGACAGCAACACUGCAGUAUGUGGAGGAGAAGACCAACGUGAACUCGGUGUUUGUGAACUUCCCCAAAGAUCGGAAGGACAGAGGUGCCCUGCUGCGAGCCUUUAGCUACCUGGGCUUUGAGGUAGUCAGACCAGAUCAUCCGGCCAUCCCUCCGUGUGACAAUGUCAUCUUCAUGGUGUAUCCCCUUGAAAGGGACACUGACCACCUGGCCAGCGGGCCUCCCUGAACCAUCUCUGCGAGGGGCUGAAAACCUGAACAACACGGGACUCUGAGAACCAGGAUGUGAUUGAAGAUACUUCCAUCCUAGGAAAUAAAGGGCAGCGCAAUCAAA